GAGUACUAUAACCACGCUACGGACUGGCAGACGGGCGGAGGCUGUGGCGUGGCGGGGUUCUUGACGGUGUUCGCCAGCGAGCUAUCUGUCUACACGCUGACCAUGAUAACGUUAGAGCGGUGGCACACCAUCACCAACGCCAUGCACAUCAACAAGAGGCUGCGGCUGAGGCAUGUGGUGAUCAUGAUGGCUGGAGGGUGGGGCUUCUCCCUAUUGGCCGCUCUGCUUCCCAUCCUGGGGGUCAGCAGCUACACUAAGGUGUCGAUCUGCCUGCCCAUGGACAUCGAGUCCCUAGCCUCCCAGGUGUAUGUUGUAGCCCUCCUCCUCCUCAACGUCGUCGCCUUCUUCAUCGUCUGCUACUGCUACGUACGUAUCUACAUGUCCAUCCACAACCCCGACCUAGCAACCCGCCACGGCGACGCCAGGAUCGCCAAGCGCAUGGCCAUCCUCAUCUUCACCGACUUCCUCUGCAUGGCACCCAUCUCCUUCUUUGCCAUCUCGGCUGGUCUCCGCAUGCCCCUCAUCACCGUCUCCCACUCCAAGAUCCUGCUCGUCCUCUUCUACCCAAUCAACUCCCUCUGUAACCCCUUCCUCUACACCAUAUUUACUCGAGCAUUUCGGAAGGAUAUAUGUCUAUUGUUGAGUCGCUGUAGUUGUUGCAAUGCCAGAGAGGAGUUCUACAGGGCACAGAACCUGGCAACACACACUAUACCGCCUAAGGGUAGGACUACAUCCCCCAGAAAGCCUCACUCUUUCAGGUUCUAUGUCUACCACAUCAAGAUGCAGGGAUGCUUCCUCAGCAAGGGAGGUGGAGUGCGUGACUAGUCUCAGCCAGUCAGAACUAAGGGUACAGCCACAUUGAGAUUUUGGUUGCGUGGCCCUGCUCAGACGUUGCAUCAACCAAUGGCUGCAUGCCACAUCAUCGAUUGUGUCGUCAACUGACAGAUCGCUGUAACAUAUGUGGUUAGCUAAUACGUAAAAUGCCUAUCCAGACGUUGUAAGAUGUGGCAUGCGUCAGCAACGCCUGGGCAGAGAACACACCCUGAAAAUUCCAGAUUGAGCCAAUGGUUUUUCAAUGGGAGUCAUCCGUUGCCGGAUGAAUGACAACAGAUUGUCUGUCAAAAAUACACAAAGCAUUCAAUUCAAAAAGUAGAGAGGAGUUAAACUUUUGAUGAAGAAAAACGGACAAUGAUGUAUGUCAUAUACAAUUUCAUCCUUGAUUAUGCAUCUCCUUGUUCAGGCCCUGUGAUAGGCUAGCGUCCUGUCCAGGGGUUGUACUGUACAUUAAGCUGCCUCACACUACAGAAAUAAGAGAGGCUCCUGCUCCUAUGAGCUUUUCCGGCUUGCACAAGCCACGCCUCAAUGUGGCCAUAGCCUUAAUCUCUGCUGUAACAAGGUGAUUGAGCAUCUGUGCCCCUCGCUUGUCGAUUAUGGCAGCCCCCCGAUUA